AUGCCACAUGAAGAGCUGCAGGUCCUUGAUACACAUGAUUCAAGCCUGACACUUGAGGAAUAUUACUUUGUAAGUAAUGGAGGAUGGGGAGCUUCAGCAAGGAUCCUGCCAUACUCCUGCUAUGAGCUCGGCCACUGCUGGAAACACUCGUGCUCCUCAGCCUCCUUUGAAAUCUGUAUCAUUGGGUUCAUUGAAAGCAUCAAAAUCUAUGGUGUGGUGUACUUGCUAACCAGUCUUGUGAAUGCUCGGAAAAUAAGUAUGAAGUAUGGAAAAAAAGCUCUUGAAGAACUACUUAACAUCAGUUUGUUUCCUGACAGUCAAUGCUUUUGGGUACAUUGGCUCCUACUGUGUUGUCAGGUCAUCACAGGAAUCAAAUGCAGCAUCAGUAUGGCUCACCAAACACUUCCCCUCACACUGGUGGUGUUGACCUGCCUUGUGAACACCUGCCCUCCUGUGUUCCUGCCCUUAAUAGCCCUCCAGGUGACAUCAGAAUGUGGAUGAGGGGACAAGAGAGCCAGUGUUCCAAGUACCACCACCAUCACCACUGCCACCACCACCACCACCACCAUCAGGAGCACAGAUUCACUGAAGUCUCUACCAAGAUUUCUUUGAGUUUUUUGAUAAAUUUAACUUCCAGGAGAGAGAGAGAUGCUGAUUGUUAAAGGCAGUGGUGUGAAGC